ACACACAGACACACACACAGAGACACACAGAGACAUGUCGGAAUACUCGUAUCGCCAGUGGAGGCGCAUUGGAGACGAGGAGCCAGAGAGCUCGCCAGCGACGUGCGCUCGACCCGAGGAGAGGGACCACGGCGACGAUCACCAUGGCGACGGUCACCACGGCGACGGUCACCACGGCGACGGUCACCACGGCGACGAUCACCAUGGCGACCGUCACCACGGCGACGACGAUCGCUGCAGUGACGACGAUCGGUACGCGCGCAUCGAACAUCGUCCGACGCCACGUGCAGGAGCAGCAGCAGGAGGAGCAGCAGCAGGAGACGGGUUCAGGUCGUGGUGGUUCGAAAAGUCGCCGGAGCGGCCGCUGCCUUCGACGGACGGCAGCGACGAUGGAACAGGAGGAGGAGGAGCGGCGUCGGAGCACGGCAAUGAGUCGACAGACUCGGAGGACUUCUGGGAUCGGUUCAACAUCCGUCCGGACGUGGACGAGGAGGAGACUUCGACUCGGUGUCUCCGCCUCGUCAAACUCCUCCUGCUCGCUCUCCUCUUCCUCGUCGUGCUCGCCACGGCCGUCGUCAGCGAGCUCUGCCUCGUCUACAUGGGGGAGCUGAAGAGGGUCUUCGAUUCGCCGGAGGAGGACAUGUUCGUCCGCUGGAUGCUCACCCUGACGCUCACCCUCCCGGCCAUCUUCAGCCUCGUCCGUUGCAUCCUGCGGCUGAUGUUCAAGGCCUCGGAGGUCUUCAACUUCAAGGCGAUAGCCCUGAACUGCCUCGUCGAGGCUUUCGCUGGCGCGGGCGCCUCCAUCAUGGCCACCGUGGUCAUCCCGGGCCCGGCGCUGGACAUCGUCAGCGGCAUCCUCGUCCUCAACGGAGUGACCCUCGCGCCGGCCCUCCUCGACGUCGCCAACGCGUUCCAGGCGCCCGCGGGCCGCGGCAGGCGGGCUCGGAGCGUCGCCGCGCUGGCCGCGUGCCUGCUGGCGUUCGCCUCGAUCGCCGUCAAGGUGUCGCUGGUCGACCUGCAGCCGCAGCCGCAGCAGCCGCAGCAGCCCGCCGACGCCACCGCCGAGAAGUUCGUCCACCUGACGCUACUCCUCGUCGGCCUCCUCCUCGUCUCCCUCCACUGGUGGGAGAACUUCACGCCCGAGCGGUGGCUCGCCGGGCACCGCCGCGCCCUCGCCGCCUCGGCCAACCUCGCCGAGCUCUCGGGCUCGGCGGCGAGAGUCGUCGCCGCCGUCGGCGUCGCGCUCGCCGCGCUCGGCCUCGAGCACGGCCGGGACUACGGCCGCGUGGCCGCCGUCGUCGUCGCCGGCGCCGACGGCGGCGGCCUCCCCUCCGGCGCGACGCUCGCCCUCGCCCUGUUCGGGGCGCAGGCGGCCGCCACCGUCGCCUGCGCGUGGUUCGCCAGCGCCGCGUGCAAGAUCCGCCAGCAGCGCAGCUGCUUCGCGGCGCCGCUGUGCCUGGCGUCGCCCGUCGCCCUCCUGUUCCCCUUCGCCGUCUACGCGGCCCUCGGCGGCGGCGACGCCGCGUUGGGCGGCUGCGCCUCCGUGGCCGCGCGGGCGUCGGCGCCGCGCAACGCGAGCGUCGGCGCCCGCGAGCUCUUCUACGAGCGCACGGUGCGGGCGGCCUGCGCGUACCUCGACGCCCCCUCGGCUGCGGACGCCGCCGAGGCGGCGUGGCCGGGCCGGGGCCACGCGGCGAACGCGGCGGCGACGGCGGCGGCGGGCGCGCUGUGGCUCGGCGCGCUGCUGCUCCUCGUCGCGUGCCACGCGUGGCGCGGCGACGGGAUGCGCAUGGAGCGCACCCGGGACCUGUUCGCGCGCGGCUCGCCGCACUCGCUGUGCGUGACCGCGGGGCUGCUGCUGAGCCGCAGGCGGCCCGAGGGGUCGCCGGCGGGCAAGGCGGAGGGCCACCGCGACAGGAGCCUGGAGCAGGAGUACGUGAAAAUCUACAUCUGCGCCACAAUGUGGCACGAGACCAAGGAGGAGAUGGUGAAGAUUGUCUCGUCAAUCCUGCGGCUCGACCGGAGCCAACCCAAGAGGCAGAAGGCAUCAGCGGGAUCUGUUGGAGGUUGGGGAGGAGGUGGAAGAGGUGGAGCGGGUGGAGGAGGUGGAGGGGGUGGAGGAGGUGGAGGGGCUGGAGGAGGCGCGCCCGUGGGCCGCACCAAACGCGAGCUGUACGACUUCUCGGCCCACGUCUACUUUGACGACGCCUUCCACACGACACCUGCCGGCGACAGGGCAGUGAACGAAUUCGUCUCCAACCUCGUGGACGUCGUCAAGGAAGUGACCAAGUACUUCAACAGGACGGGCGGUGUGGAGCGGGAGGGACCCCCCGUGGAGUGGACGCCCACUCCGUACGGGGCCAGGAUGAGCUACCGCCUGCCACACGGCAACUCCCUGAACGUGCACCUCAAGGACAAGGAGCUCAUCCGCCACCGCAAGCGCUGGUCCCAGGUCAUGUACCUGUACUACCUCCUCGGCUGUAAGAUUUACCGCAAGGCGAGGGCGAUGGGCAAAGAUGAGCGCGAGGCGUGGCUUGAGAAGACGAAGCAGAACACCUUCGUGAUGGUGCUGGACGGUGACACGGACUUCCAGCCGUCCGCGCUCUCCAUGCUCGUCGACCAGCUCAGGAGGGACUCCAAUGUUGGGGCGGCCUGCGGCAGAAUCCACCCCACGGGCAUCGGUCCCGUGGUGUGGUACCAGAAGUUCGAGUACGCUGUGGGCCACUGGCUGCAGAAGACGGCCGAGCACGUGCUGGGCUGCGUCCUCUGCUCACCCGGCUGCUUCAGCCUCUUCCGAGCCAAGGCCAUCAUGGACGACAACGUCCUCAAGACCUACACCACCGUGGCUACCGAGGCGCUCCACUACGUCCAGUACGACCAAGGCGAGGACCGCUGGCUCUGCACCCUGAUGCUCCAGCAGGGCUGGCGCGUGGAGUACUGUGCCAGCGCCGAUGCUUACACCAACGCGCCACAGGACUUCGCCGAGUUCUUCAACCAGCGCAAGCGGUGGGGCCCCUCCACCAUGGCCAACACCAUCAACAUCCUCGCCCAGGGGUCUCGCAUGGCCAAGAGGAACCCCUCCAUCUCGCGCCUCUACAUCCUCUACCAGAUCAUCUACACGGCCACCUCCAUCCUGGGACCCGCCACCAUCUGCCUCUUGACCGCAGGCUCGUUCGUCAUUUUGUUCAAACUGGACGAGAACUGGGCUCUCUUCACCGCCGUCAUCCCGCCCAGCUGCUACAUCGCCAUUUGCUUCUGGACAAAAGCGGCCACGCAUAUCAAGGUGGGCAUGUUCCUCACCGUCCUCUACAUGUUCCUCAUGCUGGCGACGUUCAUCUCCAUCGUGGUGGACAUGGUGACGAACGGCAUCUUCACGCCCAACGGGAUCUUCGUCAUGACGCUGGCGGCUGUGCACGUGACAGCGGCGCUGCUGCACCCCAGCGAGCUGUGGUGCCUCCUGCACGGCUUCGUCUACGCGCUGUGCAUCCCCGCGGGCUACCUCCUCCUCGUCAUCUACGCGCUCGUCAACAUGAGCAACGUGUCGUGGGGCACGCGCGAGAACAGCGCGCCCAGCAUCGCUCACUCCGGGAGGGGGAAGGCGAUGGGCAAGCGGCUCUCGCGUGGAGCUGCAGGAGGCGGCGCUGGGGGCUGCUGCUGCUGCUGCUGGAUGCCGUCGGAGUGGAGCUGCCUCAAGUGGACCGUCAGGGUGAGGCCCAAGAGGAACGUGGAGGGGGCCGGGAAGCAGGAGGCAGAGAGCGCCAGCGUCCACACGCGAUCGUGGAAGAUCACGAGGAAGCGCUCCUCGCGCCGGACGGGCGACGAGCCCUCGUCCGUGGCGUGCCCGGCGCCCGCCGAGGUCCAUGUCAACUUCCGCCAAGACUCCAACGAAGACGCCAGGGAGCAAGCAGCCGCAGGGAGAGAGGGCCCAGCCGACUGCGACCCGUCUCCGAACGACAUCACCCAGGCACGAGGAAUUGGACGCCUCUCUCUGCUGAAAGAGGAGGAGCGAGCCUUCUGGAGCGACGUGAUUACCAAGUACCUGAAGCCACUGGAGGAGAACGAUGAGCACAAGGCCAACGUGACCAAGGGGCUCAACAAGCUGCGCAACAAGGCGACCUUCGUCUACUUCCUCAUCAACGCCCUGUGGCUCGUCGCCACGAUGGUGCUCCAGCUGGUGGGCGACGACCUCGACAUCCAGGUGCCCAAGCCCAGCGACCCCACGCAGACGGAGGCCGUGCCGCCCCUCUCCCUCGUCUUCCUCGUCAUCUUCGCCUUCAUCCUCAUCGUCCAGUUCCUCGCGAUGCUCUACCACAGGGUGUACACGGUGCUCCACUUCCUCUCCUACGUGGGCUCGUCGAGCGACGGCCGAGACAGGGCGGCCCCCCCCAGCGCGGAGGCGACGGAGCGGAGGCGAGACGUGUGGGCGUCCUCGGCGAGCGGCGGCUUCUUCUUCGAUGACGUCGUCGAUGACGUCGUCCCGACGGUGCUGGGUCGCAGCGGCAGGGGGUGGGAGGAGGAGGACGCCGAUUCUGGCAACGUCAACUCGUUGAUUUACUAG